GGUUGCCCGGUACACGUCACUUGGGGCCGGGGAGAUGGCGGAACGUCGCAAACAGAAGAAGCGGAGUCAGGAGGUUGGAGAACCAACUAAAGAGGAGAAAGCAGUGGCCAAGUAUUUACGUUUCAAUUGCCCAACCAAGUCCACCACCAUGAUGGGCCACAGAGUUGAUUAUUUCAUUGCUUCCAAAGCAGUAGACUGCUUGCUGGAUUCAAAAUGGGCAAAAUCAAAGAAAGGAGAGGAGGCUGUCUUUACAACCAGGGAAUCAGUUGUCGAAUACUGCAACAGGCUCCUUAAGAAGCAGUUCUUCCACCGCGCAUUGAAAGUGAUGAAAAAGAAGUCUGAGAAGGAAAUCAAAAAGGAGAAAGAGAAAGUGAAAAAUGACAGCAGCAAAGAAGAGGAAAAGAAGAGCAAGAAGGAAAUCACAAAGGAAGAAAAGAGUAAGAAAGAGAAGAAAAAAGACAGUGAGAAAGAAGAAAACAAGAAGGAAAAAAAGGAUGAAGCUCCAGGAACGCCAAAGAAAAAGAAAGAGACAAAAAGAAAAUUUAAAUUGGAACCACACAAUGAUCAGCUUUUCCUUGAUGGGAAUGAGGUAUACGUGUGGAUCUACGAUCCUGUUCAUUUCAAGACAUUUGCAAUGGGACUAAUAUUAGUAAUUGCAGUGAUAGCUGCCACACUCUUCCCUCUGUGGCCUGCAGAAAUGCGAGUAGGUGUUUACUAUCUCAGUGUUGCAGCAGGCUGUUUUGUUGCCAGCAUCCUCCUCCUUGCUGUAGCUCGGUGCAUCCUCUUCCUUUUAAUCUGGCUCCUUACCGGUGGCCGACAUCACUUCUGGUUCUUGCCAAACCUGACAGCGGACGUUGGUUUCAUUGACUCCUUCAGACCCCUGUACACACACGAGUACAAGGGGCCCAAAUUGGACUCCAAGAAAUCAGGGGAGGAGACCGACCCCCAGAAACAGCCACUGCCCGAUGGCGAUGAGGGGAAGGAGGGAGAAGAGGGAGAGACAAAAGCAGAAGCAACAACAGGAGCAGAGGUGGCGACAGCAAGUAAUUCAGCCAGGGAACGGCAGUCAGACACAGACAGUGACCGAAGGGAUGACGACGGCUCCCAGCACAGCAGUGGCAAUGGGAAUGACUUUGAAAUGAUCACUAAAGAGGAACUGGACCAGCCAACAGACGAUGAAGAAGAGGAGGAAGAGGAGGAGGAGGAAGACGAAGAGACACAGCCAUUACACAGUAAGUCGUAGAACAGGGACAAUUCCAUCUCCAGCAACCAAGCACGAGUAGCUGAUGUUGAAAACAGUUCCACAUUAGGAUGGAGACAUGUAACCCGACCACUGUGGAUGCCACAAUGAAAUAUUGUGAAAUGUUAAAACUGCAUGAUAAUCAUAACCUUUUAAAAUUCCCUCAUCUAGUCACAAUGAUCAUAAGCCAUGAUAUUUCGGCAGAGGAGAGAGUUAGAGGUACCCUGGAAAAGCUUGUUAGCGUUAGCAUAUUUCACAUGCCAAGACAAGUUAUAUUCCACAGCAUAGUGUGUGUGCAUCAUGAUAUUUCAAAAACUCAUACAAAGCCCAAUCAACCCAGUGGUCUGAAAGGAUUACACUUGGUAAAUCAUGUCUGUGUUUAUUCUUACUCAGCUGAAUGUAUUGAGAGACAACACAUCUUAAAUUGGUGCUGCUGUUUGCCACUGCUUGAGGAGGCGAAUAUCAGUGUUUGAGGCACCCCCAGUCUCUUCUGACCUGAAGCUCACAGGCAUCAGUGCAGAUGUCACAUGCAUUUGGAGCCUGAAGCUUUGGUACAUGGCCUGCACGCUGGAAGGUGGUGCAAAAAGGUAUGAGUCUUGCUACAUUCAGGAAAUUUGCACUUAAAACACCCAAAAGAAUCCAUUGAGGUUUGGAAAAUGUGUGGGUGAAAAGUAAAUUCAUUUUCACUACACGUUUGGUGAUCAGCUGUUAGCGGGAAGCAGAACACUGCCCAAUGCUGCAAAGCAAAAUUUGUACAAUGUGUGGCUUCUUACUGACCUUUUGUGGUGGUUUGGUGGCUUAUAAACCAGAAAGAAACAAUACAAAGUAACUUAAUUCUGUAUAAUAGGAUACAGCUGUUUCUUGAGCUGCUGGAAUCUGAAAACCAUUAAAACGUCUCAUUUCAGAGUCAAA